AUGAACAGCACCGAGUCGAGACACACCAACAACUGGGCGGUGCUAGUGUCGACGUCGCGAUUCUGGUUCAACUAUCGCCACAUGGCUAACGUUUUGAGCAUGUAUAGAACAGUCAAGAGAUUGGGCAUUCCGGACUCGCAAAUCAUUUUGAUGUUGUCGGACGAUGUGGCGUGCAACCCAAGAAAUGCGUUCCCCGGGUUCGUUUACAAUAAUGCCGACCGCCAGCUGGAACUUUACGGAGACAACAUCGAGGUGGAUUACCGUGGAUACGAAGUUACCGUGGAGAAUUUCAUCAGACUGCUCACCGACAGAUGGCCCGACGAGCAGCCAAAGUCCAAGCGGUUGCUCACGGACGAGAAUUCCAACAUCUUUAUCUAUAUGACGGGCCAUGGAGGCGACGAGUUCUUGAAGUUCCAGGACUCUGAGGAGAUUUCUUCGUACGACAUUGCGGACGCUUUUGAACAAAUGCACGAGAAAAAACGGUACAACGAGAUUUUCUUCAUGAUCGACACCUGCCAGGCCAACACCAUGUACUCCAAGUUCUACUCGCCAAACAUCCUUGCUGUCGGAUCAUCGGACUUGCACGAGAGCUCCUAUUCGCACCAUUCCGACACAGAGAUCGGAGUUGCCGUCAUCGACAGAUUCACCUACUUCAGUUUGGAGUUCUUGGAAAACCUCGAGAAGGACAGCAAGCUCACGUUGCAGGAUUUGGUCGACUCGUACACGUUCGAGAAGAUCCAUUCGAACGCGGGCGUCCGCAAAGACCUGUUCCAAAGAGACCUGUCGCAGGUUCUAAUCACCGACUUUUUUGGAAACGUGCAACAAACGGUCGUGGACAACGUCGAAGAUGACCUUUUGUAUCUCACGAACUACGACGAGAGGGGAAACCUCAGAAACUUUACGUCUGAGGAAACGCCAAGGGUUGCACCAAAGAGAGAUGCCAAACUUGUGAACCAGAAGAACCACAUGAUCAGCUUUGCGUCGCAGAAAUCGUCCGGCAUCUCUUCGUCGACCCUUGGGUCUGUGGCCGUGGCCAUUGGAAGUUUACUAGCUCUGGCCAAGUUCUUCAAAAUAUGA